CACAACACUAUAAUUUUUCUCUCAAUUUCUUUCUGCACUCAAAUUGGUGGCCUUACUUUUUCCACUUACACUCACUCACGCACGAGCUUCAAAACCAAAAUCAAAACCAAAACCAAACACUUCCAAAAACCAAAACCAAACUCUCUUCCAACCUCCAAACUUUUAUGCCAUUCAUGACUCAGAACAUCAUAGAAGAAGAACUACUACUCACGAACCGCGACCACCACCGACAAUAAAAGGACAACAACGUUAAAGUGUUAAAGCAUGAAAAUGCUGCCAUCUGCCACCGCCGGAGAUGCCGGACACGGCAGUGCCGGUGACCGCAUCGUGGUGGUGGGCAUGAAGAUGGACUCCCACAGCACCGAGUUGCUCACUUGGGCUCUGUUCAAAGUGGCUCAACCCGGUGAUGUUGUGCUUGCUCUUCAUGUUCUCGGGAAUGAUGAAAUUGUGAAUCGAGAAGGGAAAUCCUCUUUGUUUUCACUUGUCAAAGCAUUUGACUCUAUCCUUGCUGUUUAUGAAGGGUUCUGCAAUUUGAAGCAGGUGGAUCUCAAGUUCAAAAUAUGCCGGGGUUCAUCAGUGACGAGAAUUUUGGUUCGAGAAGCAAAUGCUUAUUCUGCAACACACAUCAUAGUUGGAAGUUCUCAAGGUCUUCAUAUAACUCGGCCAUGCAUAUCUGUGGCAAGGUACUGUGCUAAGAAGUUACCAAAGGAUUGUUGGGUUUUUGCUGUUGAUAACGGGAAAAUCGUGUUCAAGAGAGAAGGGUCAGCCGCAACUCGUUCAGACUUAAAAGGACUUGAUCGGGAUCACAAAACCGGGUUGCUCGGUUCGAUUCACAGGACAAUCAGCAAGAGUUCAAAAGUGCUAGAUGAUGAUGGCACGGGGAUGCACGAAAAGGGUAGUGGUGAAUAUUCAGAUCACAGUUUGGCCAAGGCUUUUCUGGAUUCUAAAGAAUUCAUUGAGAAGAAGAGGUGCUCUACUAGUGCUUCAGAAGAAGAAGAAUCUUGUGCUGAUGCUUGUGAUGAGAUGAACCCAUUGGCAAUAGUGCCUGUGCAGACCAAUGAUGCUGCUUCUAAACCGGGUUGGCCCCUGCUUCGUAAGACAAUUGUAUCUGACAGGAAAUGUUCUCAAAGAUCGCUCUUGUGCCAGAUCUCGGUGGUACAAUGGGCAAUGCAGUUACCCUCUAGAGAUCUUUCAUAUGCUGCACAUCAAGACCAUAAAACAAACAAUUGUGGCCCAAAUAAGGAUCAGUUUCUGGCCCUUGAUAGCAAGAGUGGUGCUCUUGUUCCGGUGGAUGCUGAAAUAGGGACUGCUCCUUCGACUGAACACAAUUCAAGAAGCAUUCCUAAGGAAUUGGAGGGCCUUCAUGAGAAAUACUCAUCCACUUGCAGAUUGUUCAAGUACCAAGAACUUGUAUUGGCAACAUCAAAUUUUUUGCCAGAAAAUUUGAUUGGGAAAGGAGGAAGUAGUCAGGUUUAUAGAGGUUGCCUUCCUGAUGGCAAGGAACUUGCUGUUAAGAUCUUAAAGCCAUCUGAUGAUGUUUUGAAGGAGUUUGUUCUAGAAAUAGAAAUUAUCACUACCUUAAAUCACAAAAGCUUAAUUUCCCUCCUUGGAUUUUGCUUUGAGGAUGGCAAUCUUCUUUUGGUUUAUGAUUUCUUAUCAAGAGGAAGCCUUGAAGAGAAUCUCCAUGGUAAUAAGAAAAAUCCACUUAUGUUUGGUUGGACUGAGAGAUAUAAGGUGGCAAUAGGUGUUGCUGAGGCUUUGGAGUAUCUGCAUAAUAAUGAUGGCCAAUCUGUGAUCCAUCGCGAUGUGAAAUCAUCAAAUGUUUUGUUAUCUGAGGAUUUUGAGCCCCAGCUCUCUGACUUUGGACUUGCUAAAUGGGCGUCGACCACUUCAUCACAUAUAAUCUGCACCGAUGUUGCUGGAACCUUUGGUUACAUGGCUCCUGAAUACUUCAUGUACGGUAAAGUAAAUGACAAGAUUGAUGUCUAUGCAUUUGGUGUAGUGCUUCUUGAGCUUCUUUCUGGAAGAAAGCCCAUAAGUGGUGAUUAUCCCAAAGGUCAAGAGAGCCUUGUCAUGUGGGCAAGUCCAAUUCUAAAUAGUGGAAAGGUGUUACAAUUGUUAGAUCCUAGUUUGGGUGAUAACUAUAAUCAUGAAGAGAUGGAAAGGAUGGUCUUGGCAGCCACACUUUGUACCAGACGUGCUCCAAGAGCUAGGCCUCAAAUGAGCCUUAUCUCUAAGCUCCUUGGAGGUGAUCCUGAUGUGAUCAAGUGGGCAAGACUAGAAGUUAAUGCUUUGGAAGCACCAGAAAUGCUUGAUGAUGAAGCUUGUCCACCUUCCAAUUUGCAGUCUCAUCUCAACCUUGCACUGCUUGACGUGGAGGACGACUCGCUCUCCAUGUGCAGUGUCGAGCAAAACGUCUCGUUGGAGGACUACUUGAGAGGCCGGUGGAGCCGCUCAUCAAGCUUUGAUUAAGCAAACUACUGCAAAUUGAUAGAAGAAGAAGGAUUGUGUUUUUUAAAAUCUAAAUCCUUUUGUAAAUAAUUUUGCUGUGUUGCAUGUGCUGUGAAAGUUUUUAUAAAUGGGUUUAGGAUGAGAGGUUGUUUGUGUGUGCCCUCCUCCUUCCCUUGCUUGCCAAGGAAAUUAUGCCUUGUAAUUUUUAAGGCUAGUUACCCUUUGUCUUUCUACUUUAUUUGGUGCUAGUUUCAACCCUUAAUCUCAAUUUGAUCGAGUGUAAUAUGUUCUGGUGCGAAGAAUGAACAAUGAAAAAGUUGUAUCUUAAAACUACAUAAUGAGUACUGUUCUCAUGCAUUUUAUCAAAGUUAAUGGCAAUUUCUUCUUUGCUUUU